GAAGAACUUCAUUUUCAUUUCGAGUUUCUUCUCCUAAAAAAUUUUGCGUUACCGAUUUCAACUUUCGUCAUAUUUCUUUUUCAAAAUUUCUGAGAUAUUUCCUGCUCCACCGCUUUGGAGCCUCAAAAUUUGAAAGUCGUCAAUCUUAGUCUAAACUAAAUUUCAUGAGUGUAGAGUGUUACAUUGCAGCCCUCUCAAAUUUCCAUCAUCAGAUGGUCAAGUUUCUGUGGUACCUAAUACAUGGAUUAAAUGUGUGAGUGAUUUAUGUAAAGGAGACGUCUGAUAGACUCUACUGAUGGUGCCCGAAGUUCACGCUGAUAGAUCUGAUUGACUCAAGAUGAAGAUAGAAAACUCUAUGCCACCUCGCAGUGCACUUAGCCUAUCGUCUCAAAUCAAUUUGACCAACCAGAAAUUGAUUCACAUUAGUGCAGGCUUAACAGCUGUCAUCCUAUUCAAAUUACUGUUAGACAUUUUGUCUCUUAAUGUUUCUGAAAUUGCAGAUAGGCCAAAGUGUCCAUUUUGCUACGGAGAGGAAUUAUGUCCUAUCAUACAAAACAACUCAAUUAUAACAAACGCCUCAUUUUUAGACAGGAUUAUUUUCUAUGUCAACACAAAAAAGCCCAUUCGUGGGUACAUGAACAAUCAAGAUGUUGUCAUAAAAAAACUUGCAUCGUCUUCUGAGUUUAAGGAUCUGGAUCGGUUUAUAUGUGACAAAUUCUUCAGUCACUCGAACUCUACAGAAUGUUUCAGUAAACCUCUGAAAUAUUUUGCUGCACUCAAUCAUAUUUAUCAAUCAAGGAAUGUCAGUGACAAAUUGGUCUAUUGUGGAGGAGAUUCGUUCCCAGAUGUCAUGAACAUUUUGAAGAUCUCUGAUGAAACGCACAGCCCUACUGAUAGAAUUUUCCAGUAUUGGACUCAGGUCAAACUGAAUCCAGAGCCUUUGCUACUUCAAAUUUUAAAACCAGAGGAAGGCUGGCCUGUACCAAAAUACUUCGGAAGCUGUGGGAGACUGAUAGUUGUUGAACAUUGUGGGAAAGACCUCGCUGAGUUUCUGUAUGCUCCUCUGCCUGUAAGAAUGAAUCUAACUCUUCAAGUGUUGGACUUGGCUACCAAUUUCACUUUUGGUCACAAAGACUAUGCUUUUUACUUUACUGACAUCUCGCCAAUAAAUCUGGUCGUGGAUCAGAAGCACCGAGUUCGACUGGUAGAUCUUGAGCAUGUCAUCAUUUCUAAUAAAAAAUCUUCUAAAGGUUCUUCUGGUAAAAAAAGGAAUUUGGACACACCCCAUCUCUCAGAGCACAUCGAAUGUAAUGACUGCCUGGCAUUUUCAACUGAUAAAAUCUGCGAACAUUCCAUUAGCGAUCAUAACUUUUACGCAGUUUGCAAGGAAAUUUUUGGUCCUUCAACUCUUAUGCCUGGGGGCUUCUUACACUCUCCAUCAGAAUGUUUAAAGACCACACCUCCAGGUUUAUCUUUUUUAACAAAUAACUGCAUUCAACCAUCAGGCAAUUCCACAAGAUUGCAGACAGUUGAAGAUCUGAAGAACUUAAUCAAAAAAUGCCAGCUGUAAAAUUUCUGAAGAAUGUGUGAUCUCAGCACUGUGAUAUGUUUUGUGGGUUGAAGAAAAAGACAGACACGGGUUGACGAUCACAUAGCAAGAUUUAUUCAGUAAAACACGCAUACCAGGAAGGUUGUGCUGUUGAGCACUCUGGAUGACAAAAGACGAGUGAGCAUGGGCACAUGAAGGACAGACAAGGUUCCAUACAACGGUUAGACCGGUGGAGCAGGCAUUUCAAGAAUAACACAGUGAGAAUGUUUUGUGUCCAUGGUCAACAAAAGAAAUUCUCUUAUUUUCGUA